AUGCAAGAACAUCACUUCGUUACUCCGAAAAAGCUCACCAAAUCAUUAAUACGACUUUCUUCUGCACUCCGAUGUGGGGUAACUUCUCAGGAGUACGCCAGUCAUGUGGGCGCGACAGAUUUCUCAGCUGGGAUUGGCGAGCAUCCACAUAGUGGUCAGCUGUGUGAAGCCGUGAAAGGUCGAGAUUGGUAUGCACUCGUCGCAGCUCAGAAUUGGAACUCAUUUGUCAACAGUCUGUAUGAUUCUGCCGGUUACGCGUUAGUGGUUUUCAGCUUCCUCAAUCUGCGCGUCUUUGGAACAAUGUCAGGUAUCAUAUCCGAGAUGUUGAUUGACUUCGAAAAAGAUCCGACUAGGGUGUAUGAGACUGCGGCGUCUUAUGUGGGGCUUGUCACCACUUGGGUGACCAGCUUCCCGGGAUGUAUAUUUAAUUCCUGGGCUCCGAUUACCAGCACAAUGUUUGCCUCCUGGGGAGAAAUUGCAUGGGUUUCAUUCGCAGGGGGGUUGUAUGUCUCUACUGCGUUCGCUUUUAUAAACUCGGUCAUAUUUGUUGGAACUGGUGAGGAUCGUUUCACAAGGGGAGCAAACAUAGCAACAAUGAUGGCUCAAGCUCAACAAGCGGUCCAUUCAACUAUCUCCAACAUCACCCAAAAUGUCAUAAAUUCACCAAUCAGUAAUCUUGAGGGUCUUGCCGGGAUAAAUCGCGAUGGAAGUUUUCUCAACGAGGUACCGUCUAAUUUCCAGAACAAAUUACAAAGAGAGUUGGAGCUUGCUUUGAAAUUGAAAUCAUUGGCAAAGUUCUGGAGAGUCCAGAAUGCCUUCAUUGUCCGCGGUAGUGAUCCUUGUAUCUACUCAGGAGUCAAUGGGGCCUUUGAUGAUGCUCACAAGCUAUCAUACUGCGGGGAAGAUGGCAUAAUGAUGAACAUUGUCAGGGCAGAAAAAAAUGGAAAUGGAUAUGAUCUAACCAUCUAUCAUGCUUCUUUGGUUGAAUCAAAGUAUGGAUAUUCUUCAAAGUUCUUGACAACUUUGGCCUGGGAAUGCCAGUCAAAAUAUGGUGUAUUUGAGUAUGAUUGGAGUUCUUACCACAACAGCAGUGCCACCAACCAAUCAGAGCUGAGGAAUCUUUCCCAAGCAGGAGACUGCUAUUUCAAUCUUCCUGUAUGUGACUUAACCCGCCCCAACCUCAAAAUUCUAAGAUCUACCACCGACAAAACUUUGACUCAGAUCUGCCGGGAGGCGGGAGGAUUGCCAAUAUGA